AUGAGCGAACACCGAAACCCGCUUCCCCCACCGCCCCUUAUGGUGCGCAAGUUUCUCGAAUACAAGGUCUCAGAGGAUCCAAGGCUAGAUCCAAAGACUUUUUCCAAAUCCCCGGAAGCAGGCUCGCCACGUACGCCUUUCAGGGAAGGUUACUUCUUCUUUUAUGGAACACUAAUGCAUCUGUCCACACUUGCCAAAAUUCUACAAUUGCCCGAGCCUCCACAGAUGCGGCCAGCUAGAGUGAUAGGCUACGAAAUCAAGCUUUGGGGACAAUAUCCUGCUCUUGUCGAUGGAGAAGCCCAUCAUCCGGUUGACGGCUUGGCUUACGAAAUUAUAUCCCGGGCACACUGGGAUCGGCUCGCCGCCUAUGAGACUGAUCAGUAUGACCUUCAACCUAUCCUAAUUGAUUUUCUUGAUAACGGGGAAAAGGGCGUUGAAGGUGUUGCUUUUGGGUGGAAGGGAGAACUUGAAGAUUUGCGAGAUGGAAGCUUCAACCUAGAAAACUGGUUGCAGGAGCAGACUUCGAACGAAAGAUAG